GGUCAUGUUAUAUAGAUGAUGGGAAUGCUGCAAUUGGCCUUGAUCUGGGUGAGAGAACAUGGCAUAAUUUUGAACAAGGUGUAUCAUUUGGGAACAAUAAAGUCAAGGACAAUGAUUCAUCAACUGUUGAAAAGUUCAUAUGCACUGCUCAAGGCAAGUCCAAGAAUGCUGGAAAUGAAGAAAAUAUGAUCAGAAUAUUGAAAGAAGCACUUGAAGAAGAGAAAGCUGCUUGUAUGGCUCUUCAAUUAGAGUUGGAGAAAGAGAGAGCCGCUGCUGCAACUGCUGCAGAUGAAGCCAUGGCCAUGAUUCUGCGUCUUCAAGCUGACAGGGCAUCAAUAGAAAUGGAAGCCAGACAGUAUCAGAGGAUGAUAGAAGAAAAAUGUGAAUAUGAGGAAGAAGAGAUGAACAUAAUGAAAGAUAUCCUUGUUAGGCGGGAGAGGGAGAAUCAUUUUCUGGAGAAAGAAGUUGAAGCAUAUCGACAGAUGAGAUCUUUAGGAAAUGGGCAGUCAGAAGUUGAUUUUAGUCAUUUGACCAGUGAAUGGGGACAAAAGCCUUUACGUUCACUUGAUUCGAAUGAGGAUCUGCUGGAGUUUGAGAAAGGUAAAUCAUUUGAUAAGAACAAAGUUGAAAAGGCCGCAAAUUGGUCUUCAAAUUAUGAAGCUUCAUCUGCUGAGAUGACAUCUGAGGCUGCCCAAAUUUGCCAAAAGAAAAUUCUUUCAUGUUGUGGACAAAAACUUGAGAAAGUUGAGGAAGAUGGAACCGAAGUAUGUGGUAAUCUGCAAUGUCCGAAGCUUGAUGCAGAGCCAAUUGUUUAUGAUGUCCACGUCGUUGACGAUAAAACUGAGCUUCAAAUGGAGGAAAAUGGAAAAGAAGACGGACUAUCGAAUUAUGUGGCUACUGAUUCUGGGGGCUCAAACAGUGAGAUGUUGAGUGAUUGUACAAGUUCAAGAGUUGCAGAAACCAACCAGUUUAAUCAUAGUAGUUUUGAAAUGAAAGAUGGGAUCACAGUGUUGGGUAAUUCACGAAGCAAACUCUUGCCUCCUGACCCAGAUAGGAAUUUUUCAUCUGCAUUCAGUGUUGAAAAGUCAAAAAUUGACAUUGAAGUUGAAUUUCUCAGAGAAAGGCUAAGAAAAGUGCAAGAAGGAAAAGAGAAGUUGACUAUCUCUGCAGAUCAUUGGGAAAUUAUAAAUGCCCAAUUGAAGCUGGUGGAGGAGAUAAUGAAUCAGCUGGGACAGAUGCAGCAGCCUAUGCGACAGGCUUCAUUGCCUCCUUCAUCUUCUAAAUCAAAGACCUAUCUUGUCAAUACUAAUGAAUGCACCAGGUAUGGAGUAGUAACUUUAUUUAACUUUCUGCCCUUAUUGAUGCAAAAUGAAGUGCUUAAAGAUCAUGUAAUUGCAAGUGAUUUAACAGGGAUGUGGGAAUAUGAGGCUUUAUUGACAUCAUAUUUGGUGUUGAAAUUGAUAGUUGCUGAUUUCUCAGGUGAGCUUGAACUUGAAGAAAAGACGCUGUCGAAGUGUGCCUUCGGAGGCCCAUGA